AUGUUCCCGACCAGAACAACUGUUACACCCAUCCAUCACGAAGAGCAACGGAUAUUCCACGCCUUUCCGGGCGCAGAAUAUAUCCUGCCUGUGGACAGUCAGGAAGGAGAGCGGUUACUGCUUCAACAUAACAUUUUGAAGACAGCCUUCGAUGGCAAGAUUGUGAUUGCGCCCGUCAACCUCGACGAUGCCCUGUUCGUUCUUGACUCGGGUACAGGCGCGGCUGUUUGGAUCUGCGAACUCGCCCGCACCAUCUCAUCUUCGGCAGUUCUGCAUGGAAUCGACAUCGACACUCGCAUGUUUCCCUCCUCUAGACCAUCCAAUAUUUCAUUCUCAAUCAACUCCGUGACGAACCUCCCAGCGGCCUGGUCAGACCACUUUGACUAUGUCCACCAGCGACUUCUCGUUGUCGCUCUGAAGGGUUCAGAAUGGUCAAAAGCUAUGAAGGAGAUGUAUAGAGUUCUGAGACCAGGCGGAUGGGUGCAGCUCCUCGAAGCUGGGAAGUGGAAAGCCGGGGCUGUCACCAUACGUCUAGAGGAACUGAUUAGGAAGGUCGUCGCCUCCCGUCAAAUGCUGUUCGACGUCAUCGAUGAGUUGCCGAGGCUUGUCGAAGAGGGAGGGUUUGUGAAAGUCACAGUGGAUAAGAGAACGGCGCCACUUGGUCGAUUGGGAGGACCUCAAGGACGCGAUAUAGCCAAGAAUUUUUUGGGUGUGUUUGCUGCGAUGAAGACGCCGGUUCUUGCAGCGGGAGGUUUUGGGAUAGUGGCAUCAGAAGCAGAAUUUGAUGAACUCAUCGAGGCUACGCGGAAGGAGUGGGAUGAGUUCGAGGGCGCUCAAAUAGAAUUUGUUGCCGUGUAUGGCCAGAAGGCGAUGUCUUCUUGA